GCUGGCCGCAGUGCCCCGGAGGCCGCGGGGCGGGAACCGUGCACCCGGCUCGCCGCGUCCCCGUCCGCGUCCGCGUCCGGCUGGGGGCGGGCGCCGCGCCUCGGCGGGAGGUCCCGUGCCUCCGAGCCCGGCGUCCGCGAGCCUCCCUCGCCCGCCGCAGCCCAGCCGAGCCGCAGCCGCGACCGUGCGCCCCCGGCGCCCGCCCCCGACUCCGCCCGGGUGGCCUCCGUCCUGGCCUCUAGGGGCGCAACCCUCCACGUGCAGGUCUGCGAGGCUGCACGCCACGGGCUCCGAGAAAGAAGGGUCACCUCAUGUUCUGAUCUCUGUCCGCCCUUCGAUGCAGCAGACACCCGCAUUUGCCACGAUGCUCUCAGCCAAUGACUUUGCAUCUGCUUCUUGGGAGCUCGUGGUCCGAGUGGACCGUCCAGAUGAAGAGGAGCAGAAAGACGUCACCCUGACAGUGUCCGGGGACCUGCACGUUGGGGGGGUGAUGCUCAAGUUAGUAGAGAAGAUCAACAUAGCCCAAGACUGGUCAGACUUUGCCCUUUGGUGGGAACAAAAGCGUUGCUGGCUCCUGAAAACGCACUGGACCCUGGACAAAUGUGGAGUCCAGGCAGAUGCAAAGCUCGUCUUCACCCCUCAGCAUAAAAUGCUUCGCCUCCGCCUGCCGAACGUGAAGACGGUGCGAUUGCGAGUCAGCUUCUCUGCUGUGGUGUUCAGAGCUGUCAGUGAUAUCUGCAAAGCCCUGAAUAUUAGAAGACCAGAAGAACUUUCCUUGUUAAAGCCUUCUAGCGACUAUUUUAAAAAGAAGAAGAAAAAAGACAAGAAUAAUAAGGAGCCCUUAAUUGAAGACAUUUUAAAUCUGGAGAAUUCUCCAACAAUUUCUGGGCCACCAGUAAGUCCUGGCUUGUACAGUAAAACCAUGACUCCCACGUAUGACCCCGUCAACGGAACGCCGGUGUCAUCCACCAUGACGUGGUUCAGUGACAGCCCUUUGACCGAACAAAACUGCAACAUCCUCGCAUUCAGCCAACCCCCGCAGUCACCGGAGGCGCUGGCUGACAUGUACCAGUCCCGGUCUCUGGUCGAUAAAACCAAGCUUAACGCGGGUUGGCUGGACUCCUCGCGUUCCCUCAUGGAACAGGGCAUCCAGGAGGAUGAGCAGCUGCUGUUACGAUUUAAAUACUACACCUUCUUUGACCUGAAUCCCAAGUAUGAUGCUGUCCGAAUAAACCAGCUCUAUGAACAAGCCAGGUGGGCCAUUGUCUUAGAAGAAAUUGACUGCACAGAGGAAGAAAUGUUGAUCUUUGCAGCACUGCAGUAUCACAUUAGCAAAUUGUCGUCGUCCGCUGAAAUACAGGACUUGACAAGUGAGUCUGAGGUCGAUGAAGUGGAGGCAGCACUUUCUAAUUUGGAAGUGACCCUAGAAGGUGGAAAAGCGGACAACACUUUGGAGGACAUCACUGACAUCCCUAAACUUGCAGAUAAUCUCAAAUUAUUUAGGCCCAAGAAGCUAAUAUUAAAAGCUUUCAAACAAUAUUGGUUCGUCUUUAAAGACACGUCUAUAACCUACUUUAAAAGUAAGGAACUUGAAGAAGGAGAACCAGUAGAAAAGUUAAAUCUCAGAGGCUGUGAAGUUGUGCCAGAUGUGAAUGUAGCAGGAAGAAAAUUUGGAAUCAAGUUACUAAUCCCUGUUGCUGAUGGUAUGAAUGAAGUGUAUCUGAGAUGUGACCAUGAGAAUCAGUAUGCCCAGUGGAUGGCUGCCUGUAUCUUGGCAUCAAAGGGCAAAACCAUGGCAGAUAGCUCCUACCAGCCAGAAGUCCUCAACAUUCUUUCCUUUCUGAGGAUGAAAAACCGAAACUCAACAUCUUCCAUGGCUUCCAGUCCAGAAAACAUGGACAUGAACCCGGAAUGUUUUGUGUCACCCCGGUGUGCAAAAAAACACAAGUCUAAACAGCUGGCAGCCCGGAUUAUGGAAGCCCACCAGAACGUGGCCCAGAUGUCCCUGGUUGAAGCCAAGCUGCGGUUCAUUCAGGCAUGGCAGUCUCUACCCGAAUUCGGCCUCACCUAUUACCUUGUCAGAUUUAAAGGAAGCAAGAAAGAUGACAUUCUGGGAGUUUCAUAUAAUAGGCUGAUUAGAAUCGAUGCAGCCACUGGGGUUCCAAUUACAACAUGGAGAUUCGCCAACAUGAAACAGUGGAAUGUAAAUUGGGAAAUCCGGCAGGUGGCGAUCGAGUUUGACCAGAACGUCUCCAUUGCGUUCUCCUGCCUGAGUGCAGAUUGCAAGGUGGUGCACGAAUACAUCGGUGGCUACAUUUUCUUGUCUACCCGCUCCAAGGGCCAGAAUGAAACACUGGACGAGGACCUGUUCCACAAGUUGACGGGCGGUCAGGAAUGAAGCAAAGCUGGCCUGCUGGGCCUACACACAGAGGGCAAGCCAAAGGCGGUCCUGCCCGGACAGUGGGAUCCGUGGCUUGACUGUGUAUAGAUUCCAGACUGACAGACAACGUAUAUUCACCACCAUCACCCAGAUCCUCGCCUCAUUUCAAACACAGUGCCUACCACUACCACCCCCUUUUGCUUGCUUUGCCCUGUGCUGUGAGCAGUGGGAGGAGCCUCAGUUAACUUUUCUGUAAAAUGGGAGUGUGGGAGAAAGGGUAGUGCUCUAAGAUUACUCGAAGGCCCAGCCUAUAGCUUCAGCUCUGACUUACAGAACCUGCAAGUGAAUGGCCAGAAGUUGUUCCUGUGCUUAUCUGCUCCAUUGCUAAGUCAGCGUAGAAAGCCAACUUUAAAAGCACAUGUAGCAAGAGAAAAUCUAUCCCACAAGCUCAGGUAUGAAAAGAAAUAGGUCAUUCCUUAACAACUGCUUUUAGCUCCCAUCUUGUGGUGGAGGGAAUCCACAGAUACACAUUUCCCAUGAAGGUCAAGGUCUCGGGAGGAUAGAGAGAGGAGAGGCGGGAUUUUCUGAUACCAGUUGGUGACAAGGGGUCAAAAUAGUGGCCCUCAAUGCCAUCAGUCCACAGCGACUUCUGCCAAGGUGACCACGGACCCAUCUGGUUUGGACAUUGGUCCUCUCAGAUUACUGCUGUGUCCCACAAGUCCCAUUCCAAUCUAAGGAUCCCUCGACCACCUGUAUAUCCUCGAUGACAUGGGUGACAUGGGUACAGGGAACCUAUUCCUCAACUCAGCCCCAUGUCUCCACUGCUUGUACUCUGGGUUGGGGCUCAGGAAGACAGGCCCAAAUCUCUCUGUUCAUAAAACCACCUCCCCACAUCCAGCUUCCAGUGAGGUCCCCACCCAACUGGUCACAAAGAGAAGGGCAGGACGCAGGCCUGGCCACUGGCUUCCAUCUGCACAGCCUUUGUCUGGUCUUGGGGGCACGGAAGCCUUGCCCUUAUCACUCAUCAGUGUUCUCCUGGAUUUGGUAUCUGUUUAUAUGACUUCUGGCCUUUCCCCUUAAAGGCCUUGGCUUUCUUAAAUCAAAAGCCAAUUAUAGACUUCUUUUCUCUCUGCCUUAAGAAACAAGUGUAGGCCAAUCAA